CUCUACCAGGGCCCAGCUCCCCACAGGCGCCCUAUAAUUGGGGCGGCUCGACCCGCCUGGGGCUUAGUGCAAGCCGCCCUCCCGCGGGAGGGGGCGUGGGCAGGGCGGGGCCGGAACGGCUUUUUCCCGGGCCGCGCCCCGGGCGGGCACAGUUACCCGCAGCACCGACCAUGGCCGCGGCCGCGGCCGCGCUGGGAAAGAUUUGGGCCCGAAAACUCCUCCCUGUCUCUUGGCUUCUGUGUGGCCCCAGAAGAUAUGCCUCAUCCAACUUCAAGGCUGCAGACCUGCAGCUGGAAAUGACGCAGGAGCCUCAUCAGAAGCCUGACCCCAGCAAGCCCCUGGUGUUUGGGAAGACAUUCACGGACCACAUGCUGAUGGUGGAAUGGAAGGAGGAGGAGGGCUGGGGCCAGCCCCGUAUCCAGCCCUUCCAGAACCUCACGCUGCACCCCGCCUGCUCCGGCCUCCACUACUCGAUGCAGCUCUUUGAGGGCAUGAAGGCGUUCAAAGGCAGCGACCAGCGCGUGCGCCUCUUCCGACCCUGGCUCAACAUGGACAGGAUGCUGCGCUCGGCCGUGCGCCUCUGCCUGCCGAGUUUUGACAAGGUCGAGUUGCUCGAGUGUAUCCGCCGGCUGGUGGAAGUGGACAAGGACUGGGUCCCCGGGGGCAACAACAGCAGCCUCUACGUCCGGCCUGUGCUCAUCGGGAACGAGCCCUCGCUAGGCGUCUCCCGUUCCUCGCAAGCGCUCCUGUUUGUCAUUCUGUGCCCCGUGGGCGCAUACUUCCCCGGAGACGCCGUGGACCCUGUCUCCCUCCUGGCCGACCCAGCCUUCAUCAGGGCCUGGAUAGGUGGGGUCGGUGACUUCAAGCUGGGGGGGAACUACGGGCCCACCGUGUUGGUGCAGCAGGAGGCGAAAAAGAGGGGCUGUGAGCAGGUGCUCUGGCUGUAUGGGCCCGACCACCAGCUCACCGAGGUGGGCACCAUGAACAUCUUCAUCUACUGGACCCACGAGGAUGGGGUGCUGGAACUGGUGACCCCCUCGCUGGACGGUAUCAUCCUGCCUGGAGUGGUCAGACAGAGUCUGCUGGACCUGGCUAGGACCUGGGGUGAGUUCCGGGUCGCAGAGCGCAAGGUCACCAUGAAGGAGCUGUUGCGGGCGCUGGAGGAGGGCCGCGUUCGGGAAGUCUUCGGCUCGGGCACCGCUUGCCAGGUCUGCCCUGUGCACCAGAUCCUGUACCAAGGCAAGCACUUGCACAUUCCCACCAUGGAAAACGGGCCUGAGCUUAUCCUCCGCUUCCUGAAGGAGCUGAAGGCGAUCCAGGGGCCUGUGGGACUUUGGGCCAGAAGCCCCCGAGCAGAGCCUCUGGAGCCCCCGGCUUUCCCUUUGGCCUGAGAAAUCUUCCACAAGCCCCCGGAUCCUGGUCCCCGUGUGUCGCCCAGGAAUAUCUCGUCUCAUAAGCCCUGGAGGUGUUUCCACUCAUCUCGGCCGAGUUAUCUUUCCUAAGAACCUCUGGACUCCUUUCCCGGCACUCGACCUAGAACCACUUUUCCUUUGAGCUUCCCUAAAGUCCUGUACGCGGGGACCUAGAACACCUCGUCUCGUCACAUUCCGAGACUUCUCAGCUGCAAACGAUCCUGCUCCCCCCAAAACCUUCCAGGCCUUCCAGUGACUCUGCAGAACUCCUUCUCCCUUAAGCCUCUGCGCCCACUUAAUGGUUCCCCUUCCCUACGGUUGUCGGCCGGCUUCCGGGAAGUGGACUACAUUUCCCAUGAGCUCCUGGGGCGCAAAUCCGCAGCCGUUUAGCCCGGGACGCCCCCAGGCUUGCUGGGAGUUGC